AUGAGCUUCAAGGCUCAACAUGACAGCAAUCCUAAAAUUGAGCGACGGCCAUAUUCCGCUAUGGCUGGCUCAACGCCAGCUACUGUGAAAUUCCAAGAUGUUGCCGAUGCUGUAGGUCAGAAACACAAGCUAGAGUUUGGUCAAUUCUUCCUCAGAGAAAAUUGCCAAUGUUCAGGGUGUAUCCAUCCAGAUACGAAGCAAAGAGCAGCAGACACCUUUGCGGUUUCGGAAGAUGUUCAUGCAUUGUCAUUUGAGUCCAAGGGCGAAGCUCUUGAAGUUAAAUGGUCCGAUGAGCACCUGGGUAUCUAUCCAUGGAAAUGGCUUCGUCCGCAUAAGCAAAAUAGUAAAGCCCAUGCUACGGUUUCGCCUGCAACGGCAGACCCUAAGUACAGCCCACCGCCUGUCAGGACAUUUGUCUCAACUUCUCUGACUACGAAAGAGUAUCCGACAGUCUCGUACGAGGGGAUCAUGUCGGACGAGUCUCAUCUCCGACAAUGGGUGGAGCUUAUUUGGGAGAAAGGAUAUUGUUUCGUAUCAGGUGUCCCUGUCACCCCAGAAGCGACUCAGGGUCUCAUCGAGCGGAUUGCGUUUAUCAGACACACUCAUUAUGGUGGCUUCUGGGACUUCACAGCUGACUUGACCUUCAAGGACACUGCUUAUACCAAUGAAUUCCUGGGUGCCCAUACAGAUAACACAUAUUUCACGGAUCCAGCAAGGCUUCAACUAUUCCACCUACUAUCCCACACCGAAGGACAAGGUGGUGGUAGCCUGCUCGUUGAUGGAUUUGAAGCAGCUAACAUAUUGCGUGCGGAGAAUCCUUCAUACUUUGAAGCCCUGAUCAAGUAUAGGCACCCGUGGCACACCAGUGGAAACGAGGAUACCUGCAUCCAACCAUCUGCUCAAGCUCCAGUCUUCUCUGUUCACCCAGAUCUCAACCAGGUAUAUCAGAUUCGCUGGAACAAUUAUGACCGUGCGCCGAAAGUCGACUGGUCGGCGGCGGAGCAACAGGAUUGGUACAGCGCGGCACGUCGGUAUAAUGAGAUUUUGCAAAACAGGGAGAUCUGGACACAGCUUGAACCCGGAACAGCACUAAUCUUUGAUAACUGGAGAAUGAUGCAUGGUCGCUCUCAAUUUACUGGAAAAAGACGGAUGUGUGGGGGUUACGUCAACAACGAUGACUUCAUUUCUCGACUUCGGUUGCUAAAAUAUGGCCGUGAAGCUGUGUUGAACAACCUUGGCAACAUCCCUACAGGCCACGAUCCCGAGAACCCGAAUAGCAUUGUAUAA